ACUGGACAGCGACGCUUUUCAGCUAAAAGUUAGCUAGCUGUUGUAAAUGGAAUACCGUGUGUUCAAAGUAUGUACUCCCAGUGUGUGAGACCGUCGCAAGAUUCUGAAAUAAGCUUCGGUAUCUCCGUUGUCUGUCCUGUUAUAUACUCGUGAUCAAUGAGGGCUUUGGCCAGCAAUGGCUGUCGUGUCGUGGAAGGAGAUUUUACUUCUAACUGGACUGGUGGUGGGAUGUUACUGGAACUGUCUUUCAUGUGGAUUUGUAUUUGACGAUGUCUCAGCUAUUCUGGACAACAAGGACCUCCGGCCCUCGACCCCCAUACGCAACAUGUUCCUCAAUGAUUUUUGGGGAACACCCAUGGCUGAGGAACGGAGCCAUAAAUCGUACAGGCCCCUCACAGUGCUGACAUUUCGACUGAACUUCCUCUUCAGUGAACUCAGCGCAGCUUCGUAUCAUCUGCUAAAUGUUGUUUUACACGCUGUGGUGUGUGUGCUUUUCCUCCGGGUUUGCCGACUGUUCUUGGACAAGACUUCCAGCUUGGUGGCAGCGUUCCUGUUUGCUGUGCACCCCAUCCACACAGAGGCUGUCACUGGUGUGGUCGGCAGAGCUGAACUUCUUUCUUCAAUUUUCCUCCUAGCUGCUUUCCUGGCAUAUACAAAAUCAACUGGCUCUGACCACUCUAUUGUUUGGCCUCCCAUCACUUUGACUGUAGUGCUGGUGGCUGCAGCAACACUUUGUAAAGAGCAGGGAAUUACGGUGGUGGGCAUCUGCUGUGUCCAUGAAGUGUUUGUUGCACAAGGGUUCACGCUUCCCAUGCUGCUGAACACUUUGCGGCAGGUCAUACAGGGUAAAGAAGGAUUUCCUUACUCUCUCCUGCAAACUCUGCUGAAACUCGUCGUCCUCAUUAUCAGCACCCUACUGCUAGUCAUCAUACGAGUUCAAGUCAUCCAAUCCCAGCUUCCUGUUUUUACCAGAUUUGAUAACCCAGCAGCAGUUAGUCCCUCUCCCACAAGACAAAUGACUUUCAACUACCUGCUACCGGUGAAUGCAUGGCUUCUGCUGAAUCCCUCAGAGCUCUGCUGCGACUGGACCAUGGGUACCAUAUCUUUGGUGGAGUCGUUUCUGGACCUCCGUAACCUGGCCACAGUGAUGUUCUACACAUUUCUGGGACUGCUUGCUCAUCACAGCUUGUGCUACAGACACAGUUCGGCCAAGACCGUAAUUAUGGCUUUGUCUUUGAUCGUCCUGCCUUUCAUUCCAGCAUCCAACCUUUUCUUCCCUGUGGGUUUUGUUGUGGCGGAGAGAGUACUUUAUGUUCCCAGUAUGGGAUUCUGUGUCCUUGUAGCACAUGGCUUCAAAAUUGUGUCACAUAAAGGACAAUUGAAAAAGAUUUCCUGGUUGAUGAUUGGAGUGCUGUUUACUAUGCAUGCAGUGAAAACUUUCAACAGAAACUGGGACUGGGAGUCAGAAUACACUUUAUUUACCUCCGCCCUGAAGGUUAACAAGAACAAUGCCAAGUUGUGGAAUAAUGUUGGCCACGCUUUAGAGAACCAGAACAAUUAUGCAAUGGCUCUACGAUAUUUUCUCCAGGCCACUCGCGUCCAACCAGAUGACAUUGGUGCUCACAUGAAUGUUGGAAGAACCUACAAGAACCUCAACAGGUCCAAAGAGGCAGAAGAAGCCUAUUUGGUUGCCAAAUCGCUCAUGCCACAGGUUAUUCCAGGGAAGAAGUAUGCUACACGCGUUGCCCCAAAUCAUCUCAAUGUUUACAUAAAUCUGGCAAAUCUGAUCCGGGCCAAUGACUCACGGCUGGAGGAAGCUGAUCAGCUUUACAGACAAGCCAUCAGCAUGAGACCAGACUUCAAACAGGCCUACAUCAGCAGAGGGGAGCUGCUGCUGAAGAUGAACAAGCUGACAGAAGCGCGUGAUGCCUACCUUCGAGCCUUGGAGCUUGAUGGUGCCAAUGCAGACCUGUGGUACAAUCUGGCUAUCGUCAACAUUGAAAUGAAGGACUCAUCCGAGGCGCUGAAAAACUUUAACCAUGCACUGGAGCUUAACCCACGCCACAAGCUAGCCCUUUUCAAUUCAGCACUUCUUAUGCAAGAGUCUGGUGAGCCAAGGUUCUGGCCUGAAGCGAACCGUCGUUUCCUCACCUAUGUAGAAGAAGAACCAGAUGAUGCUAAUGGUUACUUCAACCUCGGCAUGUUAGCUAUGGACGCUAAUGAAAAUGUGGCAGCAGAGCACUGGAUGCGUAAAGCCAUUGGUCUCCAGGCUGGCUUCCGCAGCGCCCUGUUCAACCUGGCCUUACUGUACUCUCAGUCAAAACGAGAGAUCGAUGCUUUGCCAGUGUUGGAUGAGCUGCUGCGCUACCACCCAGAGCACAUCAAAGGCCUGAUCCUGAAAGGUGAUAUCCUCAUGAACCACAAGAAGGACACGCAUGGUGCCAAGGCUUGCUUUGAGCGCAUUCUUUACAUGGACCCCACCAACGUCCAAGGCAAACACAACCUGUGUGUGGUUUACUUUGAAGAGCGCGACCUACCACGAGCCGAGCGCUGCCUUGAAGAAACACUGGCCAUGGCGCCAAACGAGGAGUACGUGCGGCGUCAUUUGAGUAUCGUGCGGAACAAAAUGGCAGCCAUGAGCGCAGCGGGGCAGCCACUUGUUUCAGGAGAGGGAGCCAGCAUGUCAGCCAAGGAAGAGAAGCCAGAGCAAGAAGAGAUGGCUGUGGGUGAAGAGGAAGGGAGGGGCGCUGAUGCUGUUGGAAAGGGGGCUGCAGGUCAGAAGAAUGUGCGGAAAUCCUCGGCAGAAAGCCUCAGAGAUGCGGGUGCAGACCAAUCAGGAUCUUUAGACAGUAGCCAGACUAAGGGUAAGUCCACUAAAGAGAUUAAAGAUAUUGAAGAAAAAAGGGCUGCUGCACUGAAAAGACUGGAAGAGAUUGAGCGCAUAUUAAGUGGCGACUAACACUGUUUGUAUUUGGACUAUUUUUAUAAAGCUUUUCAAUACUCCAGAA